GAAAAUUUUUUGUUGAUGAAACGAAGAUGAGAUGCCACAAGCCCAGUCCCAUAUUUUCUACUGCCAUCUAUCAGUAAAAGCUAGCUACCUAGCCAUUAAUGCUACAGAAGUGCCACGCUGAAUGAUUUCUAUGCUCUGCGCUCUCGCCACCUCGCCGGUAUUAAAAGGCCGAAAAAUUCCAAAGAUUCAAAGGCUGUUUCUACUCUACCCUACUCUAGUUACUGAGUGUAGUCAGUCAUCGGGUUUGUCGUCCUCUCCUUUCCUUGGCUCCAGUGUUAAUUUAAUGCUAUACAUACAUACAUAUAUGGAAUAAUUUGCCUUUAUUCUGUAUGAACUGUCCAUAUAAAUCCGUACUUAUCUCUCAACACUUGCCACUGUCUCCAAAAAAAAAAGAGAAAGGAGUAUGAAGAUGAAAAAGCCACCUAAACUGCAGCUGAAGCGAUUACUGGGAAUGCUUGUGUUAGCAGUGUUACUGUCCUCUUCUUGCAUUGCUCUUUUUGGGUUUCACAAACACCACGCUUCCCUUGCAGUAACAUCCCUUGUUGCCCCACAAAGCACCACCUUCUAUCCAAUCCAAAACCACCACCACAACCACAACCACAACCGUCAAAACCUAUCUCUAAAUGCCCCACAACAGGCGGCUACCCUUUUUCCGCCACCACAAACGAAUACCGUGGACUCCGUAUUGGAAACAGGGCCAUAUCAUAAUUGGGAACUGUUUGCUGCUGAUUUUCAAGAAAUGAUGCGGCAUCUAAAGAUCUUUGUGUACCCUGAUACCUUCAACAGGAGCAGCCCUUUUGCUAAUAUUUUCCUACCCCAUGAGAACCCACUGAACAAUCCAAAAUUGGGUAAUUACUUCAGUGAACACAUGUUCAAGGUGUCCCUGCUUCACAGUCCGCUGCUUACUGCAACCCCAGAGAAAGCCCAUUUCUUUUUCCUCCCAUUUUCAAUAAACGACCUUAGAAAUGACCCUCGAGUUCACUCCGAAGCAAAAAUCUCACAAUUUGUUGCCCAAUACACGAGUAGCAUUAGCACCAGCUUCAGGUUUUGGAAUGCUUCAGGAGGUGCUGAUCAUUUCUAUGUUUGUUGCCAUUCUGUUGGGAGAGAGGCUCCCUCCAGGCAUCAUGGUUUGCGUAACAAUGCCAUUCAGCUUACUUGUUGUUCUAGUUACUUUCAAAGAUUCUAUCUUUCCCACAAAGAUGUGGGGCUCCCUCAAGUUUGGCCUCGCACGGAUCAGACUGCCUUGAAUCCCCCACAUGCCAGGCAUAGACUUGUCUACUUUGCUGGACGCGUCCAAAAUUCUCAAGUCCGGCAGCAGCUGGUAAAUUUGUGGGGAAAUGAUACUCAAUUUGACAUAUUUGAUGGGAACCCCACAUUCCCUUAUGAAGAAGGGUUUAAGAGGAGUAAAUUCUGCCUCCAUGUUAAAGGUUAUGAAGUGAACACCGCAAGGGUUAGUGAUGCCAUACACUACGGGUGCAUUCCAGUUAUAAUUUCAAAUUAUUACGACCUUCCAUUUGCUAAUGUCUUGGACUGGAGCAAGUUUUCCGUUGUCAUAAAUCAACGAGAUAUUGCUUUCUUGAAAACAAAAUUGUUGUCUAUAAAAAGAGAGAUGUACCUGAGAAUGUAUCAUCAUCUCUGCAAAGUUAGGAGGCACUUUGUUUGGCAUACAACGCCAAGGGGCUAUGAUUCCUUUUAUAUGACUGCUUAUCAGUUAUGGUUAAGGAGAAGCACUCUCCGUUUAUCAUAUUAAUUUCUGCAUCUUCUUACAAUA